CUUUCAUAGAACUUGAUACUCCUCUAGCGAUCUAUUGAUACCUCCGGCACCUACGACCACGAGAAUUCAACACCGAUGCCGUGCCGUUGGAGCCGAAAAGUUAAGUGUUCUCUUCAUUGACGAUGUAGAUAUAAAAGAAUGCCUGAAUACUCCUCACUUUCUCUCGGCAUCCUCACCACCAUUCAGUCUUUCCAAAACAGUCUUUGCACUACCCACAUUCUUUACAGAACAAACCAGUUCACGCACGUUCAUUUGCACAACAAUACCAAGUUUCUAUACACACAACUGAUCUACCCCGAUUAACAAUCAACCAAUCCAUUCAUCCAUAAUGCAGCUCUCCCACGCCAGCAUCAUCGCUAUCUUCGCAGCCACCACCCUCGCAUCCCCCAUCGUCACUCCCGCCGACUCCGAAUCCACCACCCUCUCAUCCCCAGCCGCCAGACCCUCCGACGCCGAACCGCCCAGCCAACCCUACCAGAGGCGACCCGUCGAGUUCGAAGACUUUGAGCGGGACUACGCUCGCCCGCUCCGCGAAGCCAGCGAGAAGCCCCAGCCUCGCCCGAUCCUCAAACCCACCAGGAAGCCCGAGUUGACGUGCGAUGCGCCGAAGGAUGGAAAGCCGCUCGAAUGCGGGUCUGUGUUCAUCUGCAAAGGAUUCAGAAUUGAUUUGACUCCCUCGGCGCGGGAGAUCGUGGAAUCUCCGGAACGCCCAGAUGAGGCUACACUAGAGAGGUUCUCUACGUGCUUGAAUAACUGUAAAUGCGCUACUCCAGGGGGGCCGCAGGGAGAGAAGAAGAAGGUGCAGUGGGCUGAGGACGUCGUGGACAAUGAAAAGCUCACCUGGCUAGCGUGGAUUAGGAAAUGGACAUCGCUAUAAGCAAGCAAGCAAGCACUUCCAGCCGGGAGUGUCAGUUCGUCUUCAAGCAGUUAUCAUGCGACGAUUCUACGUCCGAAUAGCCUAGUGCCGACGCCAAGG